AGGCUCCGCCCCGCCGCCGCUGUCCGCACGCCGGUGCUGAUCCACGUAAAGGCCGCUCGUCGCCCCGGUGCGCUUCCGCGGCCGGAGAGGAGAUAGAGGCACCGAAAGCCCGCAGCCUGGUUGAAGGGGCCAGGGCCGCGCCAAGUCCGGCCGAGUCCGGCCCGCGAUGCCUCUCGAAGCCGGCACGCUCGCCGCCUCCGUGAAGCAGCCAGGUCCCGGGGCCGCCGAGCUCUGAGGCCGCGCUCUUGCCAUGGCCGCCCCGGGAGGAUCCAGCCCGGGCUCCCGGCACCGCGCGCUCCGCGGGCUGCUGCUGCUCUGCCUCUGGCUGCCGGGCGGCCGGCCCGCGGAGCCGGCCCCUCCGCCGUCCGGAGUGGAUAGGCUGCUUCAGGACUUUCGCCGGCAGCUGCAGCGGGCACGGCCUCGCGAGGAGCCGGAGCCGGAGCUGCUGGGCGGCCCGCGAGAGGAUUGCCCCGGUGCGGGCGGUACGGCGGUCUACCGGGCGGUGCCCGAUACCAUCAUCCGCACCCAGGACUCCAUUGCGGCGGGAGCCAGCUUCCUGCGCGCACCCGGGACCGUGCGGGGCUGGCGGCAGUGCGUGGCGGCCUGCUGCUCCGAGCCGAGCUGUUCGGUGGCGGUGGUGCAGCUGCCCCGGGGGCCCAGCGUGCCCGCACCCAUGCCCGCGCCCCGCUGCUACCUGUUCAACUGCACGGCGCGCGGUCGCAGCGUCUGCAAGUUCGCGCCGCUCCACGGGUACCGCACUUAUACCCUCAGUCGUGCCGGGGAUGCCGCCGGGAUCUCGCCAGGGCCGGACAGUAAUUCCUUAGGAAAGAACCAAGAAGAAGAAAAUUACGAUCUUAAGUCCAAGAGUGGCCGAGCACGGGGGGAGCACCCAGCCCCGGAAGCAGGUGCGGUGCUACCCCUGGCAUUAGGUCUGGCCAUCACUGCUUUGUUACUUCUCAUGGUGACAUGCCGACUCCGACUGGUGAAGCAGAAACUUAAGAAAGCCCGUCCCAUUACAUCUGAGGAAUCCGACUACCUCAUCAAUGGGAUGUAUCUGUAACCAAGUAUCUAAGCAGCUGGGGGCAAGGGUGGGCAUCACUUAUAAUCUGUUCUUUGGGUUCUAUCAAUUAAGACUUUUUUUUUUUAACUGUGCUAGAAGACACUGCAAACACAAGCCUUGAUUUAUCAUGAAAUUGUUUUCCUGGGAUGUACAAUGUCUUGUAAGGUAGAGAGGAAUUCAUGAGAUUGAAGCUUGUUUGCUGAGACAGCAUGUCACGAGGUGACAGAUGGAAGUCCUGCCUUUCAAUUGAGAGGUGCCAACUGCUGGUCCCUAGCAGCUUCCCUUGUCCUCUAGCCUUCUUCUCCACUGAGUUCUCAUGAGUUCCACUUUCUUUUCCUCUGCCAAACACCUCUGAAAAGGGAUCUUAAGUGAAUUUACACUCAAUGAGAUGUUACCAGUGGCAGGUCUGUGUUAUAUAAACAUUCUGAAUAGAUCAGUGAUGUCCCACAGGAGAGGAAUUCUUACCCCACCCCACCCUAUGUUUCUGACAUCUGACCAUGGUGGUAGCUGCCACAUCUGGCUAACCUUGGAAGAAACCCUUUUGGUUAGGGGCAGCUGUAGGUGGUUAUGGAAUGAGAGCAAGCUGGCAGCUGAGGAGAGGACCCAGCAGUUGAAAAUUGAAUCUCAGCCGAGGGAUAUGUGAGGACAAUCUUCUCAGUGCUGCUUCAUGGUGUGGAGCAGCGUGGCCGCUUUAUAUAUGCACUGGUUUUCAACAUGAGCCUUUCUGAUGAAAAUGCGCAAAUUAUCAAUCCAAACAGUGAUGUCUGGAUGUUUGUAAAAAUGUCACCAUGUCCAGGUAUCACAGGCUUUGCAAUGGAAUGAGCCAGAUGCCUCCCUUCGUGUGUCUUGCAGGGCUGGAGGUGGAACCCAGGAGCCUGUUUGUGCUAGGCAAGUGCUCUACCACUUAUCUAUACCCCUGCCCUCACCGUUCUUUAUGUUAUUAAAAUGUUAUGAUGUACAAUCAGCUAAUGUCAGGAUGUAUUUUAAGAGCAGAAAGCACUUUUGCACACAUUCUCCUUUGCAGGAAACUACCAUUCCGCUUAACAUCUUUAAGUUUGUAGACAGAAAAGGCAGAUUUUCCCAUCGAUACUCAGUGCUGAGUUGUACACUGAGGGGACUGCACGGUGUGGUGCCUGUUUAUAAUCACGAUGUUCUAGUUUUCUUUACCCUAAGUGGCAAACAUUACAACACACUGAAAAACACUGUAGUCUCCUUCGUUUAGGCUCAAUGUAAAAUAGGUGGUUCCUUUAACAAGGGGCUUGAUUUUGGUGAGGGAAUAUAACCUAUUGAAAUGUAUUAAUAAAAGGAUAGUUCUAGAAAAACAAAUGUUUGCUUUUGUCUCUUGAAACUCUAACUCCAGCCUCUUGCUGACUGUUUCAAGCUGAGCACUGGUGUAAAUGUUACAGUGGCAGUCUGAGAGAUGAACAGUGUGAGUGAACGUACCUGCACUCUGUGAUGCUGGUGGCUCAUUUUCAUAGACGUCACCUAUAGCCAUACCAAGUAAAUAGAAACUGAUAAGGCAUGUUUCUUUCUGCACAUCUUUUAUAUACAAAAAGACAUUAAUGACAAUCUAGCUUUGCUAUUGUUUUGAAGUACUUGAGAAAAGAUGCCUUGUAUGUACCAGUCCUUUAAUAAACUAUUUUAUUCUUAUGCCUUUAAAAAAA